AUGGGGAACGUGUUCGUGAAGAAGCCUAAGAUCACGGAGGUCGACAAGGCCAUCCUCGCCCUCAAGACGCAGCGCCGCAAGCUCGCGCAGUUCCAGCAGCAGCUUGAGAAGGUGAUCGAAGCAGAAAAGGAAGCUGCACGCCAGUUGGUUCAGCAAAAGAAGAGAGACAGAGCUUUGAUUGCACUGAAGAAGAAGAAAUCCCAGGAAGAGCUCCUGAAACAAGUUGAUACAUGGCAAAUGAAUGUCGAACAGCAGCUGGCAGAUAUUGAACUAGCAAGCAAGCAAAAAGCUGUAUUGGAAAGCCUAAAGACUGGAAAUGCUGCCCUUAAGUCUAUACAGAGUGAGAUUAACAUCGACGAUGUCCAAAAGUUAAUGGAUGACACAGCUGAGGCCAAGGCUUAUCAGGAUGAAAUAAAUGCCGCUCUGGGUGAACAACUAUCUGCUGAGGAUGAGGAGGCUGUCAUGGCUGAAUUUGACAACUUGGAAGCUGAGCUUGCACUUGAGUCUCUGCCCGAUGCUCCCGUUACUGAAGUACAAUCUGAAAAGAAAACCAAAGCACCGGCUUACACUGAAGCUCCAGCUGAAGACAUUGAUGAUGUUAUUAAGCUUCCUGAUGUACCUACUAAAGCGCCAGAGAGGUCUGAAGCUCCAGAAAAAACAAAAGUCUUGGAAGAGCCACUACCUGCAUAG